AGGGAAGAGUUCCCGCCGAGCGCCGUCCUUGCAAUCAUCGCGGAUCCCUGUCCCGCCAUCACCCUCGCCGUUGGGGCAGAUUCUCCGCUUCUGUGAGUGGCUCCUCUGAUCUUGAGGACGUGGAAUUCUUGGGGAGGCGAGGCGCAGUAGUGGAAGAAAGUCAUAUUCUCGUAGGACUCAUCAUGAAUUUCCUAAAGACUGAAGAGAAUACAUCAUUCAGUGCUACAGGAAAUGACCAGAGUACGAGACCUGAAGCAGCAAAGGGUACUGUCAUGGAGGAGGCAUGUUCUGGCACACCUGUUGAUCAGUCUCUGUCUGAUAUACGAGAAUGUAACAGCACCGUUAAAGUUAAAAGUGAAGUCAGCAAGCAUGAACCAUCCUCUGAACGGCAGAACCCACACGUGAGCACCACUGAGAAAUGUCGUUUCACCUUCAGUUUGAAAGAACACUCCAAGAAGUCAGACCGAAGUGUGUUUACAGCAUUUGGUGGACCCAGUGAGAAUAUCUAUUCAGUUCUGAGUGCUCAUGACCAUUUCAGUGAAAGGAUGGAGAAACAUGUAAAUAAGAACAUCAUUGUUUAUGAAGAAAAAGUAAUAGACGCGUAUAUAAAUUUAGGAAUGCCUCUCAGAUGCCUACCUAGUGGUUCCCAUUUGAAAAUAACAUUUGGUCAAAAAAGGAGUAACCAGGAAGAUGAUCAGUUAUUACGCACAUGUAAAAAUCCAGACGCUGAAUGCAUUCUUUUUCACGUUUUUGCUAUUGGGAAGACCAUAAAGAAGAUUCUUAAGAUUAAGGAACUUCAUGAGCAAGGAACUACACUUUAUGUCUAUGCCUUGAAGGGUGAGACUAUCAAAGAAGCCCUUUGCAAUGAUGGCCGAUUUCGCUCAGACCUAGACACAUUUAAAUGGAGAGUAAUAGAAGAUAACAAGAAAAUUUAUGGAAAAAAGUCCAUGGUGGAUGAAGUAUCUGGAAAAAUCUUAGAAUUGGACAUUCUUAAAAAACUGUCUAUCAAGAAAUGUACCCAUAAAAAAAUUAAACCAGAAGAUGAAAAUGCCACUGAAGAUAUCAGUCCACAGGCUUUAACACAGUCUAAAACCGAAGUCCUUGAACCAGAGAAAGAUGGAGAAACUGAAGAUGUAGAACCCAACAGAGAAAAAAUUCUCCCAUAUCAGAGUCUAGGGCUUGAUACUGAACGUAAAACAUACAGGUCCUUUUCCAAAGUUAAACAUUACAGUAGUAAAUAUAAAUGUUUUAGGAGAAAAAUCCCACCAGUUAGGCGAAGGCUGUCUCUGGGUAGGCAGUAUGCUAUUAAGGAAAUCCAAAGGGAGACAACUGAUCUCUGGGUAAAUAAUUUAAAAAUAUUGAACAAAGUUAUGAUGCAUCAGUAUCCAAAUUUUAAUAAAGAGGCACUUCAGAUACAAAAGUAUUUUCGGGAAGAACAGAAGAGAUUACAACUGCCAACGUUUAAACAAUUCAGCAUGUAUAAAGAGCACUUUGGAAAAGUGACUGAAAAUUCUACUUCAGUUGCAAUCUGUGAACGUCUUAUUCAUCUUAGUAAGUCAGUUGGGCUCCUGAAAUGGGACAAUAAUGGAAACAAAGGCAAUGGUACUUGCUUUGUUUUCAACAAUAAUAUUAUUUUCACCUGUAGACAUGUUUUUCAUCUCAUCGUGGGAGAAGGUACCGAUCCAAAGUCAUGGCGAGAUAUAAUAAGCACGUGUGUAAAGGUCACUUUUGCUUUUAAAGAGUUCUGCCCUAGGGAUGAUGAUUGGUUUUCCAUCAAGCCAUGGUUUGUGGUGUCUGAUGAAAGUCUAGAUUAUGCCAUUUUAAAACUAAGUGAAAAUGGAAAUGGAUUUCCUCCAGGCCUAGCAAAACAGAUUUUGCUUCAACCAUCCAAUGGUUUACUUUAUUUAAUUGGUCACCCAGAAGGCCAGAUCAAGAAAAUAGAUGGUUGUUAUGUGAUUUCUCUAGAUCAACGGUUAGAGAGGUACAAAGAACAUUAUCCAGGUGGGGUGGUACCAGGAUCCCAUUCAGACGUUUAUAAUGCUCUCCCUAUGUUCACCCAGAAAAGUUUCCUGUCAGAGGUCUGGAGCACUAACACACUUAGUUAUGAUACUUGUUUUUCUUCUGGGGCCUCUGGCUCCCCAGUGUUUAACGCGUCUGGCAUGUUGGUUGCUAUGCACUCCUUUGGACAUUUUUAUAGCCGUGGAAAAAAGGCUUAUGCCCUUAUUGAAUAUGGCUAUUCUAUGGAAUCUAUUCUUCGUGACAUUAAACAGAAAGAUGAGAAGUUGUAUGAAGCAUUACAAGAAGAGAAAAAUGAGAGCCACAAUGAAGAGAAUGAUAAACAAGAAUUGUCACUUCAAGAUCAUGAGAUUGAAUACAUGCAAUAUUAAGAAAAGGCUGCUGCUUUCAAAAACAUGCCAGUGAUUUAAAGUAUUGGGAUGGCCAAAAGUUGGUUUGGUUUUUUUCUGUAUGAUGGCUGUAGUAGUGCUUAGUUGUCUUAACUUCAUUUGAAACAAUUUCAUUAGAUUGUAAUAAUAUGGGGACAGCUGUUGUAUCAGCAGGCAUUUUUUAAAAAACAUCAAAAUUAGUGAAUUUUUGUGUAGCCAUUUUAAUAUUGAAGAUGGAAGGAAACAUUGUUGGCAUAUUAUGCUUUAUUAUUUCAAGAAAGGUUAAAACUCUAUUGAAAUAAAAAAAAAAAAAAAGAUUUGUGCAGUGCAUGGAGACGGUACUGUGACUGAUCAUAUGUGUCAAAAGUGGUUUGCGAAUUUGUGUGCUGGAGAUUUCUCACUGGACAAUGCUCCAUGAUCUGAUAGACCAGUUGAUGUUAAUAGCAAUCCAAUCUAGACAUUAACUGAGAGUAAUCAGUGUUAUAUCAUGCAAGCGAUAAUUGACAUACUCAAAAUAUCCAAAUCAAGCAUUGAAAAUCAUUUGCACCAGCUUGGUUAUGUUCAUCACUUUGAUGUUUGCGUUCCACAUAAGUUAAGCGAGAGAAACCUUCUUGACUGCAUUUCCACAUGGAAUUCUCUACUGACACCUAACAAAAACUUUCCAUUAAAACAAAUUAUAAUGGGUUGUGAAAAGUGGACACUGUACAAUAAUAUGGAAUGGAAGAGAUCAUGGGGCAAGUGAAACCGCCACCAACCUCACUAAAGGCCAGUCUUUGUCCAAAGAACUGAUGUGUGUAUAUGGUGGUACUGGAAGGGAGUCCUCUAUUAUGAGCUCCUUCUGGAAAACCAAAUAAUUAAUUCCAAUAAGUACUGCUCUGAAUUAGGCCACCUGAAGGCAGCACUUGCACGAAGUAUCCAGAAUUAGUCAACAGAAAAUGUAUACUCUUACAUCAGGAUGACACAGACUGCAUGUUUCUUUGAUAACCAGGCAAAAAUACUUACAGUUUAGCUGAGAAGUUCUGAUUCAUCCACCAUCUUCAUCAGACAUUGCAACUUCAGAUGUCCAUUUGUUUUGGUCUUUACAAAGUUCUCUUAAAGGAAAAAAUUCAAUUCCUGGCAUAUAAAAGGCAUCUGGAACAGUUCUUUGCUCAAAAAGAUGAAAAGUAUUGGGAAGAUGGAAUUAUGAAGUAGGCUGAAAAAUGGUAAAAGGUAGUAGAACAAAACAGUAAAUACACUGUUCAAUAAAGUCCUUGGUGAAAAUGAAAAAAAAAAAAAGACAACCUUUUGGUCAACUCAACAUUUGGGGCUGUUUCUUUAAAAUAUAAUGAAUAUUUCUCAAUUAGAAAAAAAAUUUCAGAGAAUCAUGUGGAUGUACAAAACACAUAUUAGAGCUCAAAUGAGCAUUGAUUUUUUUUCUCUCAUUGGCUUUUUUUCUUUUCAGCAAUCUCAAGCAUCACUUAAAAUACUUCAGUUAGGUGGUACAGUACUUGCUGGAUGUGAGGUAGACUAUAGGGAUGUAUUGUACAACACAAGAAAUAGAGCCAGUAUUUUAUAGCUGUAAA